AUGAAGAGCGACGUGGGAUCGGAAAAGGACGGAAGCGUGUCCCCCGCGCGCAGCUGCGGGCCCGGCCAGAGUCCGGCGGUGCGGCUGGUGGGCUCCGGGGCCAGCUCGGGCGAGGCAGGGACGAACUGGGUCGGGCCCUCCUCGCGACGCGGCGCAGUCCAGCAGGCGGGAGGGGGCGGCGGGAGGGGUUGGGGGCGGUGGGCCCGGGCCUGA